CCACAAAUCACGCAAUAAAUGAGAAUAUGAUAAUCUGCAAGAAAAUGAAGUACAGUUUUCCAAUAGCAUGUAUUGGACUUAUUUCGAUUCUAAUAUUUUCAUUAAAGACGGAAUUAAGGAUAACACUAUCAGCAAAUACAGUAGACAACGACACAAAAAUAAGAGAUCCAGUCCCCGAGUAUGCACUCAAAGCGCAAGCUAUGGCUGACCUGGACACAAAUACUUUGAGAUGUGAUGUUCGUGACAUGGGAUGCUUUAUUUUGGUUCCAAAAAACAAAAAACACCCUAAAAUAACAGAAGUUAAAUUUGACGAUGAGGUACAAAUAACAAGAGAAAGUUGCAUAGACAAUUGCUUUCAGAAAAAAUAUACUUUGUCAGCAUUAAACACGGCAAAGAAUUGUUGUAUGUGUAGCACUGGGUUUGAAGGAUUUAUUUCAAACCAUGAAAUACGAUCUGCGAUAAGUUUUGAUAAAGCUGGAAAAAGUAGAUCGUCAAGUAGCUUCCACGUCUAUAGCAGAAUUAGCAAAUGUGAAAAAGGUAUAUCAGAAGAGUCAUUGCAGCAGAAAAGAGUCGGUUGCAUGUUGAUACCGAAAAGGUUGAACGGGGAAAUGAUUGCGCUGUCAGGUUUUCAAAUAUCAAUAGAGCAAUGUAUUUGGAAUUGUGAAAUGAGAGAAUUCACUUAUGCAGUGCCGAUUCCACAAAGAAGUGUUUGUUUAUGCUCGGAUUCUUAUUCACUAUUCGAAUCUGUCGAUAACAUGACUAGAAUAAUGUCAAGGUGCAAUGAUAAAACUGAAAUAUUGGAAUCAGAUAAAGAAGUUGAGGUGUUCAGGACGACGUGUAUUGACAAGCAUUGUAGUCCAAUAAGAUUUCUUCAUUUAAAACAAAACAAACCGAUUCUUCUUACAAGUUACUAUGGAUCUGGCAACACAUGGAUAAGACAUUUAAUUGAAAUCGCAACGGGAAUAUAUACAGGGAGUGUAUAUAAAGACGAAGUCUUAUAUGAAGGAGGUAUGCUGGGAGAAUAUUUGCCAUAUUCCUCCGGACGAACAAUUGUCGUAAAAGAUCACUUGUUCGAACUCAAAAUUUCUCCUUUGUAUACAAUGGCAGUCUUACUAAUACGCAACCCUUAUGAUGCAACUUUAGCAGAGUUUGUAAGAAGAAAAACCCUAAAUCACACGGGGGUUGUAGACAACGACAUAUUCCGAACACCGGACUUCAAACGUUUUGCCUCGAAUCGACCGGACUAUUGGUUUGGCAUCACGAAUGUUGUUUUGAAAACGUUUAUGGAAAAAGUUGUUGUUGUUCACUUCGAAGAUCUGGUGAACAAUACGAUCGAGGAAAUUCGCCGUGUUGUUGAAUUCUUACCAAAAGAUAUUGUUGGGCCUGACAAAGAAUCAUUUGAACGGAGAUUUAUGUGUAUGAACUUGGACUUAAUAGGAAAAUUUAGGCGGCCACCACGAAAACUGAACUUCGAUCCCUUUGAUGCACUUGUAAGAAAUGAAUUCGAUAAAAAAAUCCGAGAAAUGAAUGAUUUAUUACUCGAACACAACCACCCUUCAUUACCCGAUUCGUAUUUUUAACCGUACUAGUCAAUGUAUCACUUUAUAUUACACCACGUAGCUAUUGCGAGACUAUAUAGUCCGGCAGAAUCGGGCCUUAACAUUAUUUUGGGACAUAAAGUUUUUUCAUUGUUUAGAUAUAAUGUAUAUGACAUAUAUAAUGAUACCCAGGUGGGUGUGGAGUAUAUAAUGUUAACCA